CUUCACACAGUGCUGAGUGCUCACUCACAGCUUCACACAAUGCUGAGUGCUCAGUCCUAACUUCACACAAUGCUGAGUGCUCACUCCUAAAUUCACACAAUGCUGAGUGCUCACUGCUUGCUUCACACAAUGGCGAGUGCCCACUCCUACCAUCACACAAUGCUGAGUGCUCACUCCUGGCUUCACACAAUGCCAAGUGCCCACUCCCAGCUUCACACAAUGCUGAGUGCUCACUCCUAACUUCACACAAUGCUGAUUGCUCACUCACAGCUUCACACAAUUCUGAGUGCUCACUCCUAGCUUCACACAUUGCUGAGUGCUCACUGCUAGCUUCACACAAUGGCGAGUGCCCACUCCUAACAUCACACAAUUCUGAGUGCUCACUCCUAGCUUCACACAUUGCUGAGUGCUCACUGCUAGCUUCACACAAUGGCGAGUGCCCACUCCUAACAUCACACAAUUCUGAGUGCUCACUCCUAGCUUCACACAUUGCUGAGUGCUCACUGCUAGCUUCACACAAUG